GUUUAUGUUUUUAAUUUCAAAUCCUAACUAUGAUUACAGAUCAAACACCAUGCAGUGUUUAAGAUUCCCUGCUCCUAGAGAUUUUACAGCUUGUUUGGGUGUGGAGAGAGAGAGAGAGAGCAUGGUUUGGCUUGGUUCUCUCAAAGCUUUUUUUUUUGAAGUACUCUGCAGGAAAAGCUAUCUUGUACCCUUCCUUCUCAUAGUGAGAGAGCAAAGAUUUUUGCAAAUUUCCUUUCAAGUUAAUGAUUGACAAACAAGUAGGUGGAGGCAGAGGAGGAGGAGACCCAAAAGUCAUUUCGGGGAAGACAUUAUCUUAGACUUCUAGAUCAACAGCUACUUGCAACAAAUUCAAUGCAGCAGUAAGAUUAUUCACAAGUGAGUCAAAUCAUAGGGUAUGGAAGAAGUUCAAAGGACUUAUUAUUCUGGGAUGAUGAGAAGUCAUGAUGGACUUGGAUUUUCGCACUAACAACAUUACAUUGUUGGAAAGCUUCACUAGUUCAUUCUUGAUCUGGGUUCAAUUUUUUUUUGUUUUUGUUUUUUAUCUGAAAAAUUGAUUCAAUCAAAUUAAUUACUAGUGCUUCAAUGGAUGCAACUGAGAAGGAGAUUCAAACAGAAUGCAUUAAUCCACCUCUGACCAUCAGGACAUCAACAUCAUCAUCAUCAAAUGAAACUGCUAAAGAUGCUCCUGGUAAGAAAUCUACCACUCCUUCAGAUUUAUUAUUUUCUCCAAGCAGAUUCAAAACUGCUAUUGAAUCAUCUCCAUAUAACUCUCCUCUCAUAUCUCCACCAUCAUCUGCAUUUGUUUCUGCACUUCAAUCCCCAUACAUAUCUCCAAGGAUGGUGGUGGUCCCAGGACCACCGCCACCUCCUCCCAUUACUAGUAUUACUGCUGCUGCCUCCUCUGAGCAUCAACAGCAUCCAUCUCCAUCCCCACCAGUUUCCUAUUGUGGGUCCCUAUCCGACGACGUCCCGAGCACUUCCUACACUCCACCACCAGAAAGGUUUGAUUUCUUGGUGGAGUACCCAUUAACCACAACCGCGACGACUGCUAAUACAACUGAUGAUGAGAAGCUGAAAUUAGUAACUACAUGUAUUCCUCAAGAGCAAUCUCUUCUUCCUCCUAGGAUCUCAUUCUCAUUUCCCAUCCCCCGGGUUUCAUUCGCAAAAGGGGGUUCUGUUUCUCCCUCAUCCAACACCAAGCUCAGGAGCUGUGAUGUUUAUAUAGGAUACCAUGGUCAGAAUGUGAAUCUUGUUCGUUUUUGUAAAUGGCUCAAAUCUGAGCUUGAGCAUCAGGGAGUAGCUUGUUUUGUUGCCGACAGAGCUAAGUACUCGGAUAAUCAGAGUCAUGAGAUUGCUGAUCGGAUUAUUUGCUCGGCUACAUUCGGUGUUGUGGUGGUCACCAGUUCUAGCUUCCUUAACCAUUUUAGCAUUGAGGAGAUCAGGUUCUUUGCCCAGAAGAAGAAUUUGAUACCUCUGUUGUUUGAUACAGACCAUGAAGAGAUCACAAACUUACUCAGUCGCGGAAAUUCGGUUGAUGAUGAAAAGGAUUGGAAAGAAGCAGUUGAUGGAUUGAUAAAGUCUGACGAAUUCAAGCUCGAAGCUAAUGACACUAAUUGGAGGAGUUGUGCCAGUAAAGCUUCUGGGAUACUAAGAACUAAGCUUGGAAGGAAGAGCGAUGAUAAUGAGAGGGAGGCAGAUGGUAUAAUGAUGGAUGAAUUGCCAUUUAGGAGGAAUCGAUUCUUCGUGGGGAGAGAAAAGGAAUUGAUGGAAAUUGAAAACAGCUUCUUUGGAUGCACUGGUGGGGAUUUUUUGCAGCAACAACAUUAUCAGCGACAACAGCAACAACAUGAUUGUUCAAAGCCCAUUGGGGUGGUGAGGAGCGGAGGAGGAGAAGGACUAGAUGGAAUUUCUGAAGGCUUAUUGGCAGAUGAAGAGGAGAGUGAUUAUAGUAUCAUUGGGAGCAAAGGAGUAGGAGGGAGAUACAUCAGUAUGGAUGUGAGAAAUUCCAAGGAGCCUACUUUAGAAGCUUGGAUCGAGCCCCCUUCAGUUAUCAGAAGAAGCACAUCGAAGAGACCGAAGCACAAGAAGUCGUCUUCAAAGAAUGGAAACAACAAGAAUUUCAGUAGCGUGGUGGGUGUAACCGGGGUUUCAGGUGUAGGAAAGACAGAGAUGGCGUUGGAAUUUGCUUACAGGUAUAGACAAAGAUAUAAGAUGGUUCUGUGGGUGGGCGGAGAAGCUAGGUAUUUCAGGCAGAACAUUUUGAACCUGUCCAUCAUUCUAGGUUUGGAUGUGAGUGCAGAGGCAGAGAAAGAAAGAGGGAGAAUUAGAAGCUUUGAAGAGCAAGAAUUUGAAGCUUUUCAAAGAGUCAAGAGGGAGAUUUUCCGUGACAUGCCGUACUUGUUAAUUAUUGAUAAUCUUGAGACGGAGAGUGAAUGGUGGGAAGGGAAAGAUCUGCAUGACUUGAUCCCUAGAAACACAGGAGCAUCUCAUGUGAUCAUUACCACUAGACUCACAAGCGUCAUGAAUUUGGACCUUUUGCAGGUCACGCCUUUGCCUUCAGCUGAUUCAUUGGUACUCAUCAGAGGGAGGCGGAAAGAUUACCCGACUGAGCAGUUGGAAAUUCUAAGGACAUUUGAAGACAGACUGGGAAGUUCGAGCUUUGGUUUGUGGAUUAUUGGGUCAUUGCUCUCUGAACUUGCAAUCACCUCGUCUGCACUCUUCCAAGCAGUGAGUCAGGUAUCUGCCGACGAUCAUAAUUCUUCUUUUUUGAGUGUCGGAGAAGAACAGUUUUUCAAGAACAACCCUUUCUUGAUGAGGCUUUUAACUUUUUGCUCUCUCGUCUUGGAGCGAACAAGUGGGAGAAGGAACUUGCUGGCAUCAAGGAUGCUUCUUGCUGGUGCUUGGUUUGCACCAGCACCCAUUCCUGUGAAUCUUUUAGCAAUUGCAGCUAAAAAGAUACCUGCGAGAAAAAAACGUUUUGGCCUAUGGACCAAGUGCCUGAGAAUGGCAGCAUUCUGUUGUUGUACUACUUGUUGUUCUCCCCAAAUACGGAAGAUCCAAGUCGACUCAGCCCUUCUUCUAGUAAAGCUUGGGCUAGCAAAAAGAACAAACAGGAGGCCUGGUUGUUGGAUUCAGUUCCACCCCAUUGCACAAUCAUUUGCGAGACUGAAAGGAGGUUUACAGUCUGCCAAGGCUACGGUUGAGUGUGUGAGACAGAUGGGGAAUCCAGUGGUGAAUUUAGACCAUCUGUGGGCUUCUGCAUUUCUUGUUUUCGGAUUCAAAUCUGAGCCUCCACUUGUUCAGCUGAAAGCCGUUGACAUGGUUGUCUUCAUCAAGAACACAGCACUUCCUUUAGCAUUACAAGCCUUCACAACAUUUUCAAGGUGCAACUCAGCAUUGGAGCUUCUAAAAGUGUGCACAAACGUACUAGAGGAGGUCGAGAAGUCGUUCGCGUCACAGGUACAGGACUGGUGUCAUGGUUCUCUAUGCUGGAAAAAGAAGACAAAGAAAUUAGAGUGCAGCCAAAUACGGGUAGAUGAAUAUGUCUGGCAAGAUGUGAUGUUACUGAAGGCAGCAUUGCUCGAGACCAGAGCUAAGUUGCUAUUGAGAGGCGGGCAUUUUGACAGUGGUGAAGAACUGUGUAGGACUUGCAUUAGUAUCAGAACUGUGAUGCUUGGCCACAACCAUGCCCAGACGUUAGCGGCUCAAGAAACACUCGCUAGACUCGUAAGAAUGAGAAGUAAAAUGUGAGUUAAUGAAUAAAGACCCGCCGUUUUCAUCUUUGUAUACUUGGUGGGGUUUUGUUUCCUCCAUUGUAAGAUCACAUUUUGUUGGAUAUAAAGCCUCUUCUAAUUAUUUUCU